GCAACAAAGAUUUAAAAGGCCAGCGUUUUUAACAUGCUCAUCAUACAAUUUACAUGUAUCAACAUUCGUGCAUGACAGCAAUUGCAACAAAUUCUUUCAGAGUUGAUUUACAAACUAAACACGACCUUGUUUGUAAAGUUACGAAGUACACAUCGAGUGUCGCCUAGCUGCAUUAAAUUUCUUUUCGGGGUCUUGCAUUUAAUACUAAGCCAACCAACGUCAAGCCUCUUAAAAACAGCUUAUAUUAAUUAACCAGAACAGUUUGAAUCAGGAGACAUGACGAUAAAGAAGACAACAUCGUCUUUUCGUCAGUGAGUGUCCUGCAGUGCCUUCUCUUGUUUCGGUCGUACAUUUCGCAGAAAUGAAUUUCCUGCGGAAUCGUAUGGUGGUCCUGGGCAUGGUGUUAUUGGCCACCUUACUGCUCUACCUGCUGCUGCCCUCCAUGCGUCAUGGCAACAUGGAGCCGUCCCUCAAUGUACAAAGACUUGGGCUCUUAGCCACAUCCCCGCCUCCGCUUCCCAACAUCAAUGUGUCAGUUCGUACAGGACACCUGCCCGGGGACCCGCCGCUCUUUUUCAGAGAAGCCUUACCCAUUGACGGGGCUGGACGACAGAUACUGCCCAGGCUACAAGUGGUGCUUCUGCAUGGCCAGGCCUUCACAUCAAAAACAUGGGAAGAACUUGGUACCAUGGCCCUACUUGCGACUAAUGGAUAUCAGGCCUUAGCCAUGGACCUGCCAGGUUAUGGUAAAUCGCCCGACUCUGAGGCCCUAAAGCGAGAUCAGAGUCGAGUGGACCUGCUCUCCAGGUUCAUGGAGUCAUUGGGUGUGAGGGCAGCGGUGCUUGUGAGUCCUUCCAUGAGCGGACAUUACUCCAUCCCAUUCCUUAUGAAGAACAGCGCACAGCUGCGAGGCUUUGUUCCCAUAGCGCCUGUCGGUACACGCAGUUACACGCCACAACAAUAUCAGAAUAUCCAGACACCCACCCUCAUUGUGUUCGGAGCCCUCGACACUAACCUAGGCGCCCAGUCCCACAAGAACCUGGCCCAGCUUCCUCAUCAUGCUGUUCUCAAGCUGGACGGCGCUCGCCACGCGUGCUACAUGGACAAACCCGGAACCUUUCACCAAGGGCUGAUCGACUUUCUUGGCAAGCUGAAGUGAGAUGGGCUGCAUUAAAGAUGGACUGGAAAAAACUGAGGAGGGACUUGGGUUUGCUUGGUAUGAAUUUAGUGAGCUUGCUUUCGGCAAAAUACAAUGACAAAAAUUUUAUUAUUGUCAUGAGACAAUAAUUACAAGCUAUAUGAUAUGGAUAAAACUGAAGUAAGGCAUGAUCAGAUUUCUUACUCUCCAUUAUUUAUUCAUCUUCAUCAUGAAACCAUGUGUGCAAUAAGCCCUCACUUGUACCGUCACGUGACAUUUCUCUAUGCAUGCAAAAAAAACAAAUUUUUUUAAGUUUGCAUCAGUGUUGCCAUUUUUGUAGGUGACAUGAGAGUUGAUGGCUGUAAAUUGUGCAGAAUGUGGCAACAGCAGGUGCAUGUGCCCUGGGAAAAGCUUGUAGUCACUGUUCAUUUGAGCCAUUCCAACC